AUGAGAUUCCAUUUCCUUUUUUCUGUUCUACUCCUCUUUGAGACUAUAAUACCAAAAGCAAAGACUGGCGUUAUUCCAGGGAAAAAACAAUGUGUUCUUUUGAAAGGGGUGUGCAAAGACAAAGGAUGCUCCUCCUUAGAUGAUACCAUCGGGGUGUGUAAUCAUGAAAAAAAAUGCUGCAGGAAGUGGUGGAUAUUGGAACCCUAUGCAACGCCAAUUCCCAGAGCAAAAUCUCCUUAA